AUGCCAAGAGAAAUAACCUAUGUAGGAAUGCAACCUUGGAAACUAUUCUUCGAUGGCUCAAGCCAUAGAGAGGGAUCAGACAUUGGGAUGUUCAUAGUAUCCCUACAAGGAAUCCCUAGUAAGUUCAUGUUUCGAAUUCGAGAAAGUUGCUCUAAUAACGAAACUGAAUAUGAAGCCUUAAUCUCGGGCCUCGAAAUCCUAUUGGCUUUGGGGGCAAGGAACGUCAUUAUUAAGGGUGACUCUGAGUUGGUAAUAAAACAACUUACCAAGGAGUAUAAGUGCGUUAGUGAAAACUUGGCAAAGUAUUACGUGAAAGCAACGGGUUUACUAGCCAACUUCGACCAAGCAGGAAUUGGCCACAUACCUAGGAUCAGCAAUCAAAAAGCCAAUGAGUUAGCACAAAUUGCCUCUGGGUAUAUGGUAGAUAAAAAUAGGUUGGAGGAAUUAGUCAAAAUGAAAGAAAAGUUGAAUCCGUUAGAUCUCGGCGUAAUGGUUAUCGACAACCUAACACCUAGCGAUUGGAGAAAGUCAAUCGUCGAAUACUUACAGAACCCUGUGGGGACUACAGACAGGAAAGUCAAGUAUAGGACUCUAAAUUACACCAUCAUGGGCAAUGAACUGUUCAAGAAAAAUGUUGAUGGGACUCUACUGAAAUGCCUGAGUGAAGAUGAUGCAUUCAUAGCGAUUUCAGCUGUACAUGAUGGCUUAUGUGGAGCGCAUCAGGCAGGAGCCAAAAUGAAGUGGAUCCUAUUUCGACAAGGGAUGUAUUGGCCGACUAUCAUGAAGGACUGCAUUGAAUACGCGAAAGGUUGUCAAGAUUUCCAGAGACAUGCAGGAAUUCAGCAUGUGCCAGCUAGCGAGUUGCAUUCCAUUAUCAAACCGUGGCCAUUUAGGGGAUGGGCUAUAGACUUAAUCGGUGAAAUUCACCCCGCCUCAUCGAGGCAGCAUAGGUAUAUAAUCGUGGUUAUAGACUAUUUCACUAAGUGGGUAGAGGCUAUCCCACUACAAAACGUGACUCAAGACACAGUGAUCGAGUUCAUACAAAAUCACAUCGUGUACCGUUUUGGUUUUGCCUGA